AUGUGUGAAAAUAUUAACUUUAGCAAUUUAACCCUUUCCCUUUGUGUAUAUUCAGUUAAACUUAGCGUGAAAGACCUUGAUUAUAAAACUCUUGGUGAACAACUCAAGCUUAAUAAAGAUAUCAUUGCUAUCAAUAGCAAUUUCAUUCACAAGACUUAUGAAGAAUCUAAUGGACUUACUAUGUUUGAAUCAGUUGAAAUUGUUAAGAGUGGCUUUUCUUUAUUAAACUUUAAGUAUCAUAUGAUAUUACCUUCUAAUUUAUGUGUUGAUAUUUCAAAGCUUGAUUCUAUUCUCACUAGUGAUUU